AUGGCGCGCUGGGUGUGCUUCCUUCUGAUCGCCCUGGCAGCCGGGCUCCGAUCCAAGAGCGAUUUGGCCUGGCCCUGGGAGGAGCACCCGGCGAGUUCGGCCCUGGAGCUUCAAGAGCUGCUCUUAAUUUCGCUGGCGCAGAGCAGCGCAGCUGAGGCCACCAGGGAAGAGCCCGGCGAUGCACACGAGGGGACGCUUAGAGAGCGGAUUGCCCGGAUCAGGAAGGACUGGCAGAGUGCCAGCGCAACCGCUUGCCAUCAACAGCUUGGGCGGUUGAUAAAUAACCUCACGCUUGCGUGCGACGGCUUGCAGCCGAAAGCCGACUGGAUUCUCGACUACUACGUGCCGGCCUUUCCGAACAAGACUUGUGCCGACAGCGUCAGCGACAUCUUCGCACUAGGAAGCGAAUUGGUGGAAACCCUCCGUGUCUCCAGAGAUGCUGUAGCUUCCGCGGAUGUGGCCGGCGAAGAUCUCCGUCGAUAUCAAGCACUCUCCUUUUUGCGGAGCUGGCUGGUGAAGCUGACCGAGACCCGUCAUCAUGCACUGCUUUGGGCUGGCUUCUGGGACGGUGACGCCGAGAACCGAACGACGCAGGAGAAGCUGUCCAAUUUUGCCAAGGCAAUAGAGCACGCGACCUUGCACCCUGACAGCUUUUUGGGCCAAGCCAUCGAGGCGAGCGAGAACCUCGAUUCCUGCUACGAGGACCCCCAGACCAGUGCGCUUGCAGGGAACAUGUGGUCCAUUGCAAGCAUGAGCUUCGUGCUCGGGAUGCGCGAAAAGGCACAAGGAACCGUCAUCGCGCUGGUCAACAAACAGAUCACGGGCGAGCGUAACUUGUCGCAGUCCGUGCUGUCCACGCAUGAAAUCCCAACUCUGGGGCUCGCAGCCUGGGGCCUCGGGUUCUGGUCUCCCAAAGUGCUGGUCGUGGACCUCAUGGGCACCUGCGACAAAACGAGCCCGGCGCUGCAGAAGCGGCUACUCGCCCGCCUGCCCUCUUGGGCCAAGUCCGUGACGAACUGGAGCCCGGAAGCCUUCGCGAUGCGGUCGCGGCUCCGGUGGCAGUGCAUCGACUGCUCGGGCGCUUGCAGCCUGGACGCGGCCUUCGCAGCGCAUGUGGAGAAGCUGGUCAAGGCCAAGGAGCAGCAGGACCGGAAGGACCAAGAGCUCCUCCAGGUCGUGAGUCCACAACUCGCCCGCCAAGCCGCUACCGGGUUCCGCCGAGAGGAGGUGCGCCUCGCGGACAAGAUGAUUUUGCGAUUCUCACAUUUCAAAUUUUCACGAAGGGUGAACAAGAAGAUGUACGAACACAGGAAGGCGCUGUACGCGGAGCAGCAGGUUCUGCGCGAGAAGGCGAAUAAACUUGUUGCAGGAGAGGCACACACCAGCCAGCAUCUUCGGGUGGAGCAGCUGCUUCACCAGAAUGCGGAUCCGAGCUCUCUGGAUCGGCUCGGCCGCACAGCCCUCAUGGAAGCUGCUUUCAGUGGCCACCUGAAGGUUGUCGAGGCGUUGCUGAAGGCCGGAGUUCCGCUGGAAGCCCGAGAUGAAAGAGGCAGAACAGCCCUCCUCUGGGCUGCAGGGAGGUCCAUCGUGGACGAUGUCGAUGCUCUGGUGACGGCAGGAGCGGACCUGGAGGCCCGCGAUGAGUCUGGCGAAACAGCCCUCAUGUUCGCUGCACAGCGCGGCAGCUUGGAGGUGGUGGAGGUCUUGAUCAGGGCCGGAGCCCAGCUGGAGGCUUCUUGUAGGCACGGAACAGCUCUCACUGUCGCCGCAGAACAUGGCCGUUUGAGGGUCGUCGAGGUGUUGCUGAAGGCCAGAGCCCAUCUGGAGGCCCAGGAUAAGGAAGGCAAUACAGCCCUCAUGUGGGCUGCAGCAAGCGGCCAUCCGAAGGUGGUCGAGACCUUGCUUACGGCCGGAGCCCAGAUUGAGGCCCGCAGUGAACUUGGCGAAACAGCCCUCACUUGGGCUGUGGAUGCAGGGCAGCUGCAGGUGGUCGAGGCCUUACUGAAGGCAGGAGCCCAUGCAGACGCCCUCGACAAGAAGCUCGCACAAGAGAACGGGCACCUACAGAUUGCGGACAUUCUGUGUAAAACUAUCGAGAACAUCAAACUUUGUUCGUCUGAAUGA